AUGCCGUCCCUCGAGUAUUUUCUGCUUGCUGUAGCAGUGCUUGGCCCCAUCUGCCGGGCUCUUUACAUCCACGUCAUUCGUCCACCGUUCAGCAAUGUCGCUGGUCCACCUUCAGGCUCGUUCAUCACAGGGAACUUGCUGCAGAUUUUUGCGCGUGACAGCUGGGACUUCAUCAAGAACCUCAAUGACACAUACGGGCCCGUGGCUCGCAUUAGAGGGAUGUUCCAGGUCCCCUGGCUGCACGUCUACGACCCCAAAGCUCUGCAUAGCAUGCUCGUCAAGGAUGCGGAGAGCUACUCACGGGGCGUCGUCACGACCAGGCAGGUUCCCCGCCCUCCCUCCACCGACUUCCGACUUACCACCUCCAAGCAGCGGAAGAUGUUGAACCCCGUGUUCUCGGGGGCGCACAUGCGCGCGCUCACGCCCGUCUUCGGUAGUAUCGCUGCGCAGCUGAAAGCGGCGCUCGAGAAGCGCGUCCGCGAUGGGCCUGCACCGCUCGACAUGGUCGGCUGGAUGGGGCGCACGGCGCUCGAGCUUGUUGGGCAGGGCGGGCUCGGGACGUCCUUCGAUUCGCUCAUCGACGACAGGCAGGACGCGUACGCGGAGGCGAUCAAGGGGUUCUCCGCGGCGAACUCGGAGGUGCGCGCGCUGCGCGAGCUCUUGCCGUAUGCGGACUACCUCGGUCCAAUGCGGUUCCGUCGAUGGCUACUUGACAGGCUUCCGAUCAGGAGCGUACAGCGUGUCAAGAACAACUUCGACAUCGUGUCCGCACGAUGCACCGCGCUCUUCAACGAGCGGAAGGAAGCCUUGAAGCGUGGCGACGAAGACCUGCUGAUGAAGAUCGGGGAGGGAAAGGACGUCAUGAGCGUGCUGUUGAGGGAGAACAUGCUCGCGGCCGAAGACGACAAGUUGCCUGAUGACGAGCUGCUCGCUCAGAUGGCGACCUUCAUUGUCGCUGGAACAGACACAACCUCGAACGGGUUGGCACGCGCCCUCCAUCUACUCUCCGAGCACCAGGACGUCCAACGCAAGUUGCGCGAUGAACUGCGCGAAGCCCACCAUCGGUUUGGCGAGAACAUCUCGUACGACGACCUGAACCGGCUCUCUUACCUUGACGCCAUCUGCCGCGAGACGCUACGACUCUUUGCCCCGGUCGCGCUUACGUCCCGAGAAGCUAUGAAGGACACCAUUCUCCCUCUGUCCGAUCCGAUUCGCGGGGUCGACGGGCGACUCAUAACGGAGAUUCCGAUCCCGAAGGGCACCACGCUCCUCGUCAACCUCCGAGCGUGCAACACCCACAAGGGCCUAUGGGGCGAGGACGCGGAGGUCUGGAGACCUGAACGCUGGCUCGAACCACUCCCGCAGGCCGUGGACGACGCGCGGAUCCCUGGGAUCUAUGCAAAUUUGAUGACGUUCCUCGGAGGCGGAUACGCCUGCAUUGGCUUCAAAUUCUCUCAGCUGGAGAUGAAGAUGGUCCUAUACAUACUUCUGAACGCGGUCAAAUUCGAACCGGGCCCGCGCGAGAAGCCGAUCAUUUGGAACUUUGCCGGGAUCUCCUACCCUUCGACCAGCGCUCAGAGCUCGACGCCGGAGAUGUAUCUCAAUGUCAGCAUGGCCGCGUAG